AUGAACUACCGCUUCCAGAACCUCCUGGGGGCGCCCUACCGCGGCGGCGACGCCGUCUUCGCCGGGGAAUCCUCCGUGCUCCUCUCCGCGGUCGGCAACCGCGUCGCGACCACCGACCUCGCCGCCUCCUCCUCGCUCACCCUCCCCUUCGAGUCCUCCUCCAACAUCACCCGCCUCGCCACCUCCCCCUCGGGGGACUUCCUGCUCGCCUCCGACGACAGGGGCCGCGCGCUCUACGCCAACCUCCGCCGCCGCGCCGUCCUGCACCGCAUCUCCUUCAAGGAGGCCCCCUCCGCCGUCCGCUUCAGCCCCGACGGCGACCUCAUCGCCGUCGCCGUCGGCAAGCUCGUCCAGAUCUGGCGCUCCCCCUCCUUCCGCAAGGAGUUCUUCCCCUUCCACCUCCUCCGCACCUUCCCCGGCUUCGCCGCCGGCGUCACCUCCUUCGACUGGUCCCCCGACUCCGCCUUCCUCCUCGCCUCCUGCAAGGACCUCACCGCCCGCCUCCUGCCCGUCAAGAGGGGCGUCGGGAACAAGCCCUUCCUCUUCCUCGGCCACCGCGCACCCGUAAUCGGCGCCUUCUUCGCCACCGAUAAGAAGACCGGCAGAGUCCACGGGGUUUACACGGUUUCAAAGGAUGGGGCUAUCUUUACAUGGAAAUUGGUAGAAGGCGACGACGCUACUUCUCCGCCUUCACCCGGAACACCCGAGCAGGAUUCGGAACAGCCAGAAUUGGAUGGCGGGAGCAGGAAGAGGAAGAGUUCUGUACGACCAGAAGAGCCGAGCACCGCUCCACUGCAUCUGGCAAAGUGGGAGCUGCAGAAAAAGGACUUCUUCAUGCAGUCGCCGGCCAAGUUAACAGCUUGCGAUUACCACCGGGAGCUCGACAUGGUGGUGGUUGGGUUCUCUAGCGGAGUGUUCGGGCUCUACCAGAUGCCCGACUUUGUGUGCCACCACCUGCUGUCAAUAUCAAGGGAGAAGAUCACUACUGCUAUUUUCAAUAGCUUGGGGAACUGGCUGGUUUUUGGAUGUGCCAAACUCGGGCAGCUGCUAGUGUGGGAGUGGCGGUCCGAGAGCUACACUUUGAAGCAGCAGGGGCACUACUUUGAUGUCAACUGCAUUGCGUACUCACCAGAUUCUCAGUUAAUUGCCACCGGAGCUGAUGAUAACAAAGUCAAGGUCUGGACGGCUUCCACUGGGUUCUGCUUCAUAACAUUUUCCGAGCAUACAAAUGCUGUUACUGCAGUUCAUUUUAUGGCCAAUAACCAUUCUCUUCUCAGUGCCUCUCUUGAUGGAACUAUUCGAGCGUGGGAUUUGUUCCGUUAUCGGAACUUCAAAACAUUUACAACCCCUUCGCCUAGACAAUUUGUUUCUUUAACAGCAGAUCAGAGUGGUGAAAUAAUAUGUGCUGGAACACUUGAUUCAUUUGAGAUAUAUGUUUGGUCAAUGAAGACUGGUCGUUUGUUGGAUGUACUCAGUGGCCACCAAGGACCAGUUCAUGGUCUAAUGUUUUCACCAAUCAGUGCUAUUUUGGCUUCAUCGUCGUGGGACAAGACUGUUCGUCUUUGGGAUGUAUUUGAAAGCAAGGGAGCUGUGGAAACUUUUCAGCACUCACAUGAUGUUCUUACUUUGGCUUAUCGUCCUGAUGGAAGACAGAUCGCGUGCAGCACGCUAGAUGGCCUAAUCAAUUUUUGGGAUCCUUUUGAUGGGUUGUUGAUGUAUACAAUUGAAGGUCGCAGGGAUAUUUCUGGCGGGCGCCUCAUGACUGAUAGAAGAUCUGCAGCUAACACAAGUAUAGGGAAGUACUUCACGACGCUGUGCUAUUCUGCUGAUGGCAGCUAUAUUCUUGCUGGAGGAAACAGCAAAUAUAUAUGCAUGUACGAUAUUGGAGAACAGGUGCUGUUGCGGAGAUUCCAGAUCACUCGCAAUCUUUCAUUGGAUGGGGUUCUUGAUUUUCUGAACUCGAAAAAUAUGACUGAUGCUGGUCCACUAGAUCUAAUUGAUGACGAAGAUAGUGAUGUUGAGGAUGGAAUUGAUCAACAAACAAGAGGUAACAUGGGACAUGGUUUACCUGGAUCAAUGGCAAAUCGUGGAAGACCCUUAGCUCGGACGAAAUGUGUGAAGUUUGCUCCAACAGGAAGAUCUUUUGCUGCAGCGACCACUGAUGGUGUUCUGCUGUACUCUGUUGAUGAAUCAUUCAUUUUUGACCCAACAGAUCUUGACAUUGAUGUUACUCCUGAGAAAGUGGAGGAAGCUCUUGCAGAAAACCAGCAGCAGAGAGCCCUUUUACUAAGCCUCCGGCUGAAUGAGGACUCGUUGAUUAAGAAAUGUGUAUUUGCUGUGGAUCCAUCCAAUGUACGAGCAAUCUGUUCAUCGGUACCCUUCAAGUAUCUUCAGAGAUUGAUUGAUGCAUUCGCUGACCUUCUGGAAAGCUGUCCACAUCUGGAAUUUAUCCUUCUCUGGGCUCAGGAGCUAUGCAAGGUUGACGGAACCUACAUUCAGCAAAACUCCAGGACGUUGCUUCCUGCUCUCAAGUCGUUGCAGAAGUCGAUAACUAAAAUACAUCAGGAUUUGGCAGACACUUGUUCCUCCAAUGAGUACAUGCUGAAAUAUCUGUGUGCUGCUGGUACAAAGUAGGCCAUGGUUGGCAUGUAAUGUCUUUUGGAUGUUAUAUCACCAACAUGAUCUUUGAGCAAAUCAGGGGCUGAGUUUUGUCUGCCAAACCCUUCUUCAGCUGGAUCGGCUCUCUUGCUUGAUGUGCUUGGGCAGUGGCUGCAGUACUAGGCCUACCGUCUAUGCUGUCCAAGAAAUACGGUUGAUACUCAGACUGAAGUUGAGCUGAACCCUUUUGUUGUUAGACGAACCAGCUGAACCCUCUUGUGACAGGCCAGGAACUUAUAUUUUUGUGCGGAGGAAGGAUCGUCUCUUAGACCAGAAUUUGGGACGUGUACCUUUGUGUAAAACUGUGUGACCAAAUUUUGUUACAAGCGAGAAGAGAUACUGGUCCUAUGUGUUAUGUAUACUCUGUCCGUUCCUAUGGUUAGGGUGCAUUUUUUUUUCAAUUUUUGUUGAGGUUUCACCUAUUUCUCUCCAAAAUACUCC